CCGGCCUGACAAAUGACAGUGACAUUGUGAUAUUUUUUGUAUUUAUUUAUAUAUUUUUUAAUUUGGUGGAUAGAAAAUUUUUCUGAAAAAGUUAUUGUGUAGUCCUCGUUAAUUUCGUUAUUAAGAAGCAAUUCCGUGUUGUGGAAUUGAGUAGUUCAUUUCUUUGCAUUUCAAGUUGGCAGACUUAUUGCUUACCUACUUAAUUUCUAAGCCCAUAUUUUAAAGACUACAGGUGUUGGAUUGCAUUUUAGAAACCAGACCAGAAUAAUCAUAAAUCAGUGAGUGCUCCCAUUGAAAAAUUUAAAACAUUUUAUGGCCUGCUGAUUUUUUUGAUAGUAAUGUUAACAGAAACGAGUAAAUCAGAAGGAUGAGCAACAAGAAAACUUGCAGAACAUUUAUAAAUCGUACAGAAAUAUGUACGAAAUUGGUUAACAAUACAUAGUGUUUAUAUUUGUUAUAAUGGACCAAGUGGAAAAACAUGAAGCCAGCUCCUGGGCUAGCUCUAAGCUUUCCUGUAUAUAUGACACACCAUGUGACCCUAAGGACAGGGAUUAUGAGAAGAUAUUUUGUCCCAAUAGUGAGCUAUCUGAACCACCAAAAACAAGGUGUGAUCGAUUAAUAACUGGUUCAUCAUGUCAGGCACUCAAACAUGCAGUCUCUGCUUUACAUAGACUUGAUGAUUUUCAUAGAGAGAAAAUUGGAUCGGGAUUUUUCUCUGAAGUAUUCAAGGUGACUCAUAAAGUAACUGGCAAAGUUAUGGUCCUGAAAAUGAACCAGCUUCGAUCAAACCGUCGUAAUAUGCUGAAAGAAGUGCAAUUAAUGAAUAGACUGUCUCAUGUAAAUAUUCUUAGAUUAAUGGGUGUUUGCGUUCAUGAGGGUCAGCUGCACGCGCUCACCGAGUUCUGCAAUGGCGGAUCUCUGGAUCAGGUCAUACAGAAUCGUUCUGCACCUUUACCACAACAGUUACGGGUGAGCAUAGCUCAUGACAUGUCAUGCGGCAUGGAACACUUGCACUCAGAAGGAAUCUUCCAUAGAGAUUUGACUAGUAAGAAUGUCCUGAUUAAAAAACUGGAUUCUGGUCACCAGCAAGCAGUAAUCGGCGAUUUCGGGCUUUCUGCUUGCAUACCAGACCCUUCCAGUAAGACUAAGCUUUGUACUGUGGGUUCGCCUUAUUGGAUGUCUCCCGAGUGCCUUAAGGGCUUGUAUUAUGAUCAACGUAGUGACGUAUUUAGCUACGGCAUUGUUCUGUGCGAGCUGAUUGCUCGUGUUGAGGCAGACCCCGAUCAGCUUCCAAGGACAGAUAAUUUUGGCCUGGAUUAUUUGGCUUUUUCUGAUCUUUGCGGUCAAAAUGUUGUACCUGACUUUUUAAAACUAGCGUUUAGAUGUUGUACCAUAGAACCAAAAAGUCGUCCGACAUUUACUGAAAUAAAGAACACUCUGGGCGAGAUUUUGCAUGAUAUGAGGACAGUAUCUGCAGUCAGGGAUAGAGACAUUAGCGUAUCGAUUUGUGCCUGUACUGCCAAAAGCGAGGAACAGUUACCAGUGGUAUCCAAUCAGGCGUCCACAUCAGCACCUCAACACAGAAAGAUUAUUCAUCGGCGGUCUUUCUCAGAAGACAUAUCCGUACUUGCUCUGUUUUUAUCACCUAGCGACAAAGCCCGCCGGCAUGCCCUUACGAUGUGCAAACAAGACCCGCAUUAUAAGCCACGCACUUCAAAUCCGUUCGCCACUUUGACCCAGUUCCAAGGGGUCAAAAAAUUACUAGGUAACUUUUCGUCUUGCUGUGAACUUCCUUCGCCUUUUGUUGAAGCUACCGCUGCAUCCGAUACACCCAACUCUUUACCAGGUUCUCCAACUGCUGUCAGGAAAUCCAACAAAAGUAAGUCUUCCAUCUUCACCCAUCCCCUGUACAAAGGGGGUUCUAGCAGCAAUCUAUCGGAAACUGAAACGCCCACGUCAACGAAUCUCCGCAGACGAGGAUCUUGCGAAUCGGGGUUUUAUUCCAGCAUCGGAGAAUGUCUUUCACCCAGUAGCCUUUGGGGGGACAGUGGCACCGCAGUAAGUUCGUUAAGGUCGUUAGACGAAGUAGAACCGACUGAAUUACAGGCUUUAUGUAAACGCGCUUCUUCAAUCUAUACUGAUAGCAGUGAAGAUAUUUCCAGUCUGACCGGCUCUGACUGUUUCGCCGACUUGCAGCCCAACAUAUCGACAAUCGUAGACUAUUUUGAGAAAAAAGGCGCCACAUUGAGGCAUCCUGGUGGAGUCAGGGGAUGUUUGCAAUUGAGUUCUAGAAUAGCAACUCUGCGCAGAUCACUAGAGAAACAUAAUUCAACUGCUGUGUCUAGUAGCACUGGAACACCUUCGACAACGCCAUCCCAGAGGAUCAAGUGCUCGAGGUUGGUGAUCUGUGAGGGAGCGGUCAGGUCAAAAUUACCGUUGUUUGACAAAAAAUAGUUUUCUUAGGCUUAGUCAAUCGUAUUCCCAAAAUAAAGUUUAUAGGAGAUCUUCAUGAAUCCGAUUGGCCACAGCUCUGCUGUGCAAAAAAAAAAAUUUUUCUCUAGUCAGUUAUCAAAGUUGAUUCUGUAACGGUAGUCUAAAAUGAACGCAUUCCGCACGAUUGCUCCGUCCUUACAAGUAGAAUCCUACAGUAUCCAUAAAUUUGACUACAAUACCAACAAAUGAAAAUUUAUUUAAAAAAAAAAUGCGUCAUAACAUUUUAGACAUUUACCUGAAAUGUGUAAAUGGUUCUCAAGUUUAUUUUAGACUGUAUUUUCUUGUAUUAGCAUGUUGAAAGUCUGGUGGCAUUACGAAUUGUGGUCCAGAUUUUUUUUUUAAAUAUUAGUAAUAGGUAUAUACAUUUUAUUUAACAGUUUCUGGUGCCAAACUUCUUCUCGGAAUUUCAGUCGGGAAUUUUGAAAUUCACAUAAACUCUUGUGCCAAGAGACUUAAGCACUUGUUAUAGAAAUUCUGUUUUCGUUUCAAUUAUUGAUUUUUUUAAAAUUAAGACCUAACUUUGAAAUUAUGCAAGCCAGAAUUACUUGAAAAAGUUGAAAUUAUUUGAGCUAAACAAUGUAAACAUUCUAAAUCCUAUAAAUAAUUCUGGCGUUUUGGUUGUCAUUGUCAACUGUCAAUGAAAAUGGCGUUCACGUAGUAUAUCAUCAUACAGUCAUGCCUUUGGCAGACUUCAUUGCGAACCCUUCUUCUUAACUUUUAGACUAGUUAGUAUUUUUCAAAAAAGUAUUUUUAAUUAUCUAUGUGUAAACUGUAAAUUUAAAACAAAUAUUUAAUAACAUUAACAUUAGACCUAAUUAUUUUUAUUGUUACAAAAAUAAUUGUUUCCUUCAACUUUUAAAUUGGAUUUUUACCGACAGUGUGAGAAAAGUUUUUUAUUUGACAUAUUUCUGAAAGUUUGCAUGUGCCGGCCCUAGACAGUCCUGAGAAUAGAGAAUUUUCACAAAUAUUAGAAGGCAAUAAUUUAGAGUAUGAAAAGUGUUUUUAGGUUCACCUAGGUCAUUGACGCUACUGAAGCUAGUGCAAGUUUCAAAAUGACUGUAUUAAGACUGAAUAACUGAGCUCCUGGCCAAUGAUUCGAAAGGUUUUUGUCAUAGCAUACUUCUUAACGUUAUACUUUGGCCACUUAGGUGCAAAUAUUACUAAAUAUUUAUAUGAAUCUGAAUUAAAUAAAUUCUCAGCUAUAAAUUCAUAUACCGUGUGUGCCAAAAUGUUCACAACAUAAGGAUUUUUUUAUUUUCUUCUGUUGGGCUGGUUUUAUUGUUCCUAUAUCUAAGUACCUACCUGAAAAAUGCAUCAUGUGAUAUCAGAAAACAAAAUAUUUGAAAAUAAUACCAGAAUAUUUACAAAAAAAUCUAUUCUUUUGUUGUAGUAAGCAACUCAAAUUGUGCAUAUGAACCGGAAAAACUUUUUCAAAUAACUUUUUUGAUGUGUAGCUUGCCAAUUUCAAACUCAAAAAUGUUAAUCACAAAAUUACGAAAUUUAUUAGAAAUUCGAUUUCAGCAAAUAAUGGCACUGUGAAUAAUUUCAGCAUAUUUUAUUUUCAUAAAAGUAAAGGUUUGAAGAUGGCAAUAAAUGUCGGUAGAUCUGGCAACCUUUGUUUGGUGUAACUUCAAUAAUUUACCUCGACCCUUAGUGUGAUUGACAAAGAAAAUACACUGGUUGGUAAAAAUCGUUCGUCUUCUUAGAAAUGAUCAAGUUUGUUGGGUAGUAUUAAAUAUUUGGUAUUAUUCUUCUACUAUAUAAUGUUAUAGUAGGAUAGCUACCGACAUACUUAUUAUUUUAAUGAAAGUAGUUAAUUUAUAUGUUCUUGCAUACUGGCUUGACACUGAAGGCGUAUUUUGGCGUGGCUGAAGACAGUCACCUUUUUAGGCAGGUAAAAAUAUAAUUCGAGGAUAUUUCUGGAAUAUAAAUGCCCGUAUAAAAUUUCUCUACAUUGCCAGACUGGAAUACAAGUCACUAUUGAGAUACCUGUAUUUAAACUUGUGAGUUCGAGAGAUUUAUGACGGGUCUAAGGUCGCAGACUAUUGGAACCUUUUUUAUUUUUAUAUUAGGUAUUGUAUUACAUUCACUAGUUCUAUUUAUAUUUAAAUUUGGAUGCGAACUUUCUGUUUAUUUCGAAAUUUUGAGGCUUUGGAAAACUAUUGAGUGAAUUUUUAAAAUUGCAUUCCUACAAAUGCUUGAUUUGCAAUAAAUUAGGUUCAGCUUUGCACAGAAGCAGGCAAAGUUUUUUUUUUUUAAAAAAAGGCUGUCUGUUUUAUUAACCAAGUGACCAAGACAAGUCUUGGAAGAUCUCAAAAGAUGGCAUGAUGAUAUCUAGAAUAUUGCUAGACAACACUGGAUUAGGACGGUUAUGGACAGGCAGAAAUGUAAAGAUAUAUAUGGAAGGCGCCUACGUUCAGGAUCGGAUGAGAACAGGCUGAUAAGAAGAAGACUAGCAAUGCAUUACUAUACACUAUCAUUCCGUGCGUUCGUUAUUUUGCAAAAACAGCCAAAAAUAAAUAAAUGAAUUAUUGAAUAAUCUCAAACUCGUCAACACUGCAAUUUCAGGCAUCAUCAGGGGUAACCAACAUGGUUAAAACGAGACAACAAUAGUAACCACAAACAAUAAUAGUUUUAAUAUCAAUUAGUUUUUAUAUUUUUGUUUGAAUGGUAUGAAAUUUAGUACCCUGGGGUCUUGGUGACGUGCAACCGAUCUAGUUUUGGAUCAGCUAUACGAUGUUCACUGUUUUUGAAAACUACGGUUGACAAAAUUGAAAGCGUAUUCAGUGUCAAGCUAGUACUAGAACCGACAUUGCUUAAUAUUUUAUCAUGGUAGAAAAUGACCAUCAUAAAUACGUCGGUAGCUCUUGCUCUAUUAUAUGCAACCUCUACAGUUAAGAGGUUUGUUCCAAGAAAACCACAAACAUCUGACUUUCAACGACCAAAGAUCGUGGGCGUUUAUUCAUCAAACAUAACGGGUUUUACGUGAGCAAAAUUUGAUAUUACAUAUGAUAAUAUGCGAAAGUUAUGAAAUCUGAUUGGUUGGUUUAAUGUAAUAUGUAGUUUAAAUAUAGAAAAUUAUUCACCAAUUAGAUUGCACAAAUUUUGUAUUUAUUCGUAAUAUUAUAUCUUAUAUCCCAAGUAUCAGUUGUUUGUGAUUUUUGUGGAACUUUAAUAUAAUUAAAAACAAACAACAACCUGGUCAGGUUCAAGUGGAGUGCUCAGAUUGUACAUUGCAAUUUAUUAAAGAUACACUGAUUUUGUAAAUAAAUGUUUUGUAGCGAUUA